CUCCCUGCAGGUGGAAUUGACCCUCUGGUACGGGGCCUGCUGGCCAAGAAGUCCAAGUUGUUGAGUCAGAAGAGAAUGAUGACGGGCGACCUGCGCAACAAGCUCUUCCAGCCCCCUUACACGAUCCACGGCUUUGACCUAGCCGCCAUCAACAUACAGCGGUGCCGGGACCAUGGGAUGCCCGGGUACAACUCCUGGAGAGGCUUCUGUGACCUCUCACAGCCCCAGACGUUGAAGGAGCUGCAUGCAGUGCUGAAGAACAAGAAGCUGGCUAAGAAGCUACUGGAUCUGUACAGGACCCCCGACAACAUCGACAUCUGGCUAGGGGGCAUCGCUGAGCCCCUGGUUAAAAGGGGCCGGGUGGGGCCUCUCCUGGCCUGCCUCCUGGGGAGGCAGUUCCGGCAGAUCCAAGAUGGAGACAGGUUCUGGUGGGAGAACCCUGGGGUCUUCACUAAGAAGCAGCAGAAGUCUCUACAGAAAAUGUCCUUCUCACGCCUUGUCUGUGACAACACCCACAUCACCAAGGUCCCGCUGCACCCCUUCCAGGCCAACAGCUACCCUCACGGCUUUGUGGAUUGCUCAGCCAUUGAUAAGUUAGACCUCUCACCCUGGGCCUCAGAGAAUUAGGGGCCUGGACUCCACACUGUGUAGUAAAGCACCCUUUGGUCCAUGAUGCCAUUUCAAGCAAGUUCAAUGACCUGGUCCCUUAGAGCACCACACCCUAGUCCCAGCCUUCUUUCCAGCAGGGUCUCUCUACACGCCCCAGCCUCGCUCCAGCCCAAGGCCAGCCGCUCUGGCCUCUCCAGCGCUUCCUCUUGAAUCCCACUGUUCCCAUCCGCAUUCCCCCAUCCUCUCUGCCUGUGGAAAUCCUCCUUUCUGUCAAGACUUGGACCACUUGAGAUGCUUUCCAG